AUGUUGUCUGAUCAGGAAAGUAUGUGCAGAGUGGUUAAAGACUAUUUUAUAAAGUUGUUUAGCCAUGCUGACAGUAGAGUAGAGGAGGGCCUGGUUAAUAACAACAUAGUAAUCACAGAAGCUCAAAACUAUAAGUUGACAGAAGAAUUCACAUUUGAUUACUUCUCUUUAGUAGUGAAACAAAUGCAUCGGGAUAAGAGUGUUGGGCCAGAUGGUCUCAAUCCCGCUUUUUACCAGAAUUUCUGGAAUGUCCUGGGUCAAGAAGUGUUCCAGUGCUAUCUUAAAUGGCUAAAUGAGGUAUCUUUCCCUACCAAGCUAAAUGAUACUACAAUAGUCUUGGUUCCCAAGAGGGAUGGUGCAGAUUGCAUGAAGGACCUUCGUCCUAUUGCAUUAUGUAACAAAAAACGAGGAGAUGAAGGUGUAAUAGCUUUGAAGCUUGAUAUGAGCAAAGCCUAUGAUAGAGUGGAUUGGGACUUUCAGAAGAUGCAACUUGAGCAAAUGGGUUUUUCUAGUAAAUGGAUUGCUUGGAUCAUGUUAUGUGUAUCCACUGUUUCGUACUUUGGUAAAAUUCGAUUAAGUCGAUGA